CGGCGCGCACGUCAUUCUGCAUACCCAAUGUGGGUGUACACAAGUUACUACGGACCUGUUGCACUCCAACUCUUAUCACAAACAUUUAACUCUCCUCUGCGGUGCAGCCUUUAUUGAAGUUGAAAUAGCAUACGAUAUUUAAUCUAGGAACAUUUAUCCAGGUGUCCAGAUUCAGAGCUGCAGAGCUGCAGUAAAAGCCUAGAGGAGCCCUUCAGUGUGAGUGAAGAGGGUAUCCACAGCUCAGAGGGUCAGAGGUCACAUAAAGCCUGCAGAACCAAAAAAACAACCCCCAAACUGUUCACUCCCAGCAAGCCCAGCUUCCAGAACUCAGACUUUGGAGGCAGUAGCAUGAGCAGCAGUGUGGAUGACCUGCCCACCUUCUCCCCCAGCCUUUUUGCCCCCAGUGCCUUCAACUAUGCUCGGCCACGCCAGUUCAUCCAGUCUCAGCCAGCCUUUCAGGCCCCCAGCUACAAUGUCGCCAAAGCUAUGCCUCAGCCCAACGGGAACAGCAGCAAGGCCUCUCCUUCCUCUUCCAAUCUGAGCUUCCCCAUUUCCACACCUGCAUCCUCACGGCUGACGGUGUUCCCUCGUGAUCCUCCUCCUCCUCCCUCCUCUGCUGCCCAGUCCAUGUCCCCCUCUUGCGCCCCCAUGCGCUCCACUAUCACCCUCACCCCCAGGGCCUACGCCGGUGUCCCAGCCCCACCUGAGCCCAAGCCCCAGUCCUCUCCAGCUGCCUGCCUCUGCUCUGUCCUGCCCUCUCAGUCCACCCCACAUUACAAUCCUGCUCCCAUGUCUAUUCCUCAGCCUCUAUCCCCAGCUCUCUCCCCAAACUCCCCCAACCCCCCCAGCCCUCUUCCCAAGCCCAGGUUUGAUGCCUCCCUGCACAUGGGACAGGGACUGUCUCUCCCUACACAGAGCCUGCCUAUGAGUCAGUCUCCCCACUCUCCACCCCCCCCACCAGUUUCCACGCCACAGCCCCCCUUUCUUCCUCCCCCAUGUGUGUCUCUGCCUCCUAGCUACAGAGGGACCCCAAACAUCCUUCCCAAGCACACCCUGAAGAAGGCUCCUGUUCCUAGGUCAGGGUCCCGCAACACGGAUGAGGAUAUCCAGGGCUCCAAGGACGACCUGAUCCAGGAUCUGGAGAAGAAGCUGCGUACCAAAGAGGCCCGUAGGCAAAACAGCCAGAAGCGGUCCUAUGAGGAGCGCAUGGCUCGGAGGUUGCUGGGUCCAGAUAACGCUGUCUCUGUCUUUGAGAAUUCCUCUGACUCACAACCCGACCAGCCAGAAUCACCAGAGGGACGUAACACCGGAGGGAUAUGGGGCAAACACCACUCUGGUACUGAUGUCAACGAGGGCUCAGCCAUCCAGGAGAAGUGCUAUGCCCCGCGCUUCAUCCAGGUCCCCCAGGACCUCACGGUAGAGGAGGGCAGGUUCUGUAGGAUCCACUUCAAGGUGGGGGGUCUGCCCACCCCAGACGUGGCCUGGUACCUGGAUGGUAAAGCAAUCCGUCCAGACGACAACCACAAGAUGCUGGUGUGUGAGAAGGGCGUGCACUCCUUCAUCAUUGAGAUCGUGACGGUGCAUCACGCCGGAGUCUACGAGUGUAUUGCCAGGAACCGCGCCGGGGAGAACCGCUUCUCCAUGAAACUGGAGGUUAUUGCCCAGGAGGUGCUUCGCCCCCCUACCUUCGUCCAGAAGAUGCUGAACUCUCGUGCCUUGGAGGGGGACACAGUGAGGUUAGAGUCUAAGGUGGCUGCCUCCCCUCCACCAAAGCUCUUCUGGAAGAAAGACAAAGACAUGCUACGCAUUGACCCCACCAGAAUGAGCCUGUACCAGGACGGCACAGGAAGUCAGUGCCUGCUCAUUGAGAGGCUAGUCAAAUCUGAUGCAGGCUGGUACACCCUGUCUGCCAUCAAUGAGGCCGGCAUGUCCACCUGCAAUGCCAGACUGGAUGUAGGAACUCGCACCAACAAGCCUGCCCCCCCUACAGGCAAGCAUUUUAAAGUCCCCCUACUCCGCCGUCUCCCCAGCCUGAUUCCGGACCCCCCCCAGCACACGGCCCCCCUGUACGAGAGUGAGGAGCUUUAGACGACACUAAACCAGCAGUAUAACCUGUUGUACCGCUCUGCUCCACUUUAUACUGGUCUAUCAUUCAGUCUCUGUCCACUGAGGCGGUCAUGUUGUCUGUGCCUGGGGGAGGAAAUUAAUCAAAGUUUUGAGGAAGCAGAUACUCACAUUUUACCCACAGUGCCUCAGUAUCAAUCAGGACCUCACCAGUCCCAGCAUUUGUCAAAUGCACUUUAGUUUGAGCCCUUCUGUUUGUUUGUUUUUCAAGUGUGGGCUGGUCAGAUGGUUUCCUCAACAUCAUCCUCUGGUAUGGUGAAACUUACCUGGCCCGAGCACAGACCUUUGUCAAAUGCUGUCUCUGUGGUUUGCUGUUGUAGUUGGUAGAGAAUGAAUCAUGUAUUGUCUCCAG